AAGAACGAAAAGAUGGACCGUCACACAUCAGAUAUAACUAGUAACUUCUAAGUUAACCUAUCACUUCAAUUCACCCAUAAGCUACGCCAUCUCCCCCCUCACUCUCUUCCCAAUUUCAAAAUCCCAUAUCCCAGAAUUGAAUCCAUACCCUUCGGCCACGCAUAAUGUCGGACUCAGAGUUGAUCACCGCGCCACCACCAGAGGGAGACUCAGCAAAGGAACAAGCGCCGGAGAUGGAAGCGGAGCCUCAAGAGAAACACGGCCAAGAGCCGACCAAGAAGCCCAGCAACAACAGCAGCCUCACAUUCAGCAUAUGGCCCCCGACGCAGCGCACCCGCGAGGCCGUGGUGAACCGCCUGGUUGAGACGCUGUCCAACUUCUCUGUUCUCUCCAAGCGCUACGGCACCCUGCCACACGACGAGGCCUCCGCCGCCGCUGGCCACAUCGAGGAUGAGGCGUUUGCCGCUGCCGAAGGCUCCGUAUCCGCCGAGGACGAUGGCAUUGAGAUCCUCCAGGUCUACUCCAGGGAGAUCAGCCGCCGCAUGCUGGAGACUGUCAAGAACCGCGCCGCUUCGGGCUCUGCCGCUGACACCACUGCGCCGCCGACUGCGAGCCCGUCUGUUGCACCCACCACCACCACUGCCAGUGAGGAUGAGUCGUCCGCUGUGACCGAAUCUUGAUCUGUCCCUAGGGUUUAGGGGUUUAUGGUAUAUUAGGGUUUCUGUUAUCUGAGAUAGUAUCUGCUAUAUUCGGAUCUGUUUGAUGCUUAUUUCAAGAUGAUGACCCUGCUUAUAUUAUUUAUGUUUGCCCGAUAAUUAUUAUGAAGUUCGAUUUUUUGUUUUUA